AUGGCAGAGGCUGUUGUCGGGCAGCUAGUGGUCACGCUGGGGGGUGCACUGGCAAAAGAGGCGGCGAUCUUUGGCGGGGCCCUGCUCGGCAAGGAAGCCGCCGCCCUCAGGGGCCUCUUCGGCAAGAUCCGUGACUCCAAGGUGGAGCUGGAGAGCAUGCAGGCCUACCUGCAGGAGGCAGAGCAAUUUAAGGACACAGACAAGACCACCGCCAUCUUUGUCGGCCAGGUCAGGGGCCUAGCUUUCCAGAUCGAGGAUGUCGUUGACGAGUUCACCUACAAGCUGGAGGACUGCAGGCAUGGAGGGUUUGCAGGCAAGAUGAAGAAGAGGCUCAAGCAUAUCAAGACCUGGCGCCGCCUAGCGGCCAAGCUCCAAGAAAUCAAAGCCCAGCUACAGGAUGCCAACCGGAGAAAGAAGGAUUACGCCGUCACUGGCAGAUUUGCUUCUUCUGCUAGAUCGACGAAUCAAGGUCAAGCUCUUCACUUCACCAGGGAUGAGGACCUUGUGGGGAUAGAGGAGAACAGGGACAGGUUGAUACGGUGGCUGACCGUCAGCGGUGGUAGUGGUCAUGGUCUAGAGCAGAGCAGCAGCAAGGUUACCUCGGUAUGGGGGAUGCCUGGUGUUGGUAAAACCACUCUGGUUGCUCAUGUGUACAACACCGUGAAAGUGAAUUUCGACGCGGCAGCGUGGGUAACUGUGUCGGAGAGUUACCGUAUUGAGGAUCUGCUGAAGAAGAUUGCCGCCCAGUUCGGCAUCACAGUCGACGUCGCCGACAUUGAGAUGAGAGACAUAGCAGAGUCCAUCCACAACUACCUUCAAGGUAAAAAGUUCAUCAUGGUCCUGGAUGAUGUAUGGGCUGCGCGCGUGUGGUCCGAGAUAAGGAAUGUCUUCCCAACGUCUAACUGUACCGGCCGAUAUGUUAUCAUAUCAAGAAAGCAUGAAGUGUCACUGUUGGCAACUAGGGAGUCUGCAAUUCACUUGGAACCGCUACACGCUCAUCAUUCCUGGGAGUUAUUCUGCAAAGGAGCAUUUUGGAAUGAUGAUGGUAAAGAGUGCCCAUUGGAGUUGCAGGAACUGACUUGGAAGUUCAUAGCAAAGUGUCAAGGCUUGCCUAUUGCUAUUGCAUGCAUUGGCCGCCUACUAUCCUGCAAACCCCCAACUUCCGCUGAGUGGGAGAAUGUGUACAGGGGUUUGGAUUCGCAGUUGACGAAAGAUGUGAUCCCUGAUGCUCAUAUGAUCCUAAAGGUCAGUUUGGAGGACCUUCCGUAUGAUUUGAAAAUUUGUUUCUUACACUGUGCACUAUUUCAACAAGAUUAUGUAUUAAAGAGGAGAAGGAUAAUGAGGCAGUGGAUUGCGGCUGGGUUUAUUAGGGAAAAGGAGAACAAAACGUUGGAGGAAGUGGCAGAGGGAUACUUGGCUGAGCUUGUGAACCGAAGCCUAUUACAGGUUGUGAAGAGGAAUCAUGCCGGGCGACUGAUACACUGCCAGAUGCAUGAUGUCAUAGGACUUCUUGCCCUGAAUAAAGCCAAGGAGGAGUGCUUUGGUAAAUUUUAUGAUGGCUAUGGUAGUGGGGCAUUCUCUGUAGAGGGUGCACGUCGCAUAUCAGUCCAGGGGGAAAACCUUGAACAACUGAGCCGAUCUGGUGCAAAACAACUCCGUGCACUCCAUGUUUUUGGAAGGUAUAUCAAUAUUGAUUUGCUGAAGCCUAUCUUAAGAUUUUCGAAUUUCCUGUCGAUGUUGGAUCUGCAAGGUUCAUGUAUCAAAAUGCUGCCCAAUGAAGUAUUUAGCUUGUUUAGUCUGCGGUAUUUGGGUCUUAGAGAUACCAAUCUCGAAAGCCUGCCUGAAGCAGUGGGGAAGUUAUGGAAGGAAGUCUUGGAUGCUGUGCAUUCUAAGCUGACGUGUUUGCCAAACAGUGUUGUAAAACUUAAAAAAUUGAGAUGCCUGCGUGCAUUUACUACCAGCAGAUCAAAAAUUGGAAGAAUACGUGGGGUCAAGGUGCCUAGUGGUAUACAUCACUUGGCAGGACUGCGGGCUCUUCAGUCCAUCGAAGCCAGUCCAGAGUUUCUGCGUGAAGUUGGAGCUCUGACAGAGCUAAGAACAUUCGGUGUCUGCAACGUGAGAAGCGAACACUCUUCUUACUUGGGCAAUGCUAUCACCAGAAUGAGCCAUCUUAUUCAUCUCGAUGUUGGGGCUGCAACUGAGGAUGAGGUGCUGCGGCUGGAAGGGCUAUAUUUACCUUCAACCCUUUCUCUGCUUGGUUUAACAGGGCAGCUAAACAAAACAUCGACGCCUCAACAUUUCUCUUCCUGGUCACUUCUUAAUAGCGUCACCCGGUUGUACCUGGCAUUCUCCAAUACUGAUGAGGGAACCUUUUCAUGUCUGUGUGUGUUACGUGCUCUAAGCACCCUUGAGCUAGUGCAGGCUUUUGAAGGGAAGAGGUUGGAUUUUUAUGCAGCGUCAUUUCCAAAACUUCGGUUCUUACACAUAUGGGGUGCUGCACAACUCAACCAAGUGGGAAUAGAGGAGGGCGCAAUGCAAAACCUUGUCGAGCUAUGGUUCACAGAGUGUCCUGAGCUAAAGUUUCUUCCAGAUGGCAUCCAACACCUUGCAGCCCUUGAGAAAUUACUUCUGAAAGACACAUCAGAAGAGCUAGUAGAGAAACUCCGGCAAAAGAGAGAUUCAGAUGAAUGCAAUGAAGAUGUAAUGAAGAUUAGCCGCAUAAGGAAUGUUACAGUGGAAUUGAGCCAAAAAGGACUUUGGAAAAGGAUUAGGUGA